AUGCCUCGCUGCCCGCCGAUCAUAGGCUUCAUCGCCCGCUGCCUCUCCGCCUACCUCUCCCUCAUCCUCUGCGCCAUCUACGGCACCCUGGCCUGCCUCCUACUCCGGCCCUUCAACCUCCACUUCCGCUACGGCCAAUGGACCACCGCCAAAGCCUUCAAGUGGGUGUGCGCUUAUACCAUUGGCGUACGAUUUGUGUUGUCAGAGGAAGAUGAGGCGACGCUGAACAGGAAGCGACCAUACGUGAUCGUAGCAAACCACCAGACCGAGCUGGACAUUCUGUUCUUGGGCGCGAUAUGGCCGCAGUACUGCUCCGUCACGUCGAAGAAGAGCUUGCAGAAGAUCCCGUUUUUGGGGUGGUUUAUGACUUUGAGUGGGGCGGUCUUCAUUGAUCGAGUGGAUCGGACGCAGGCGCUGAAGGCGUUCGAGGGCGCUGCGGGGGCGAUGAGGAAAUUGAGGCAGUCGGUGUUGAUCUUUCCGGAGGGCACGAGGAGUUAUAGUCGGGAGCCGAUGUUGUUGCCGUUCAAGAAGGGGGCAUUCCAUUUGGCGGUCCAGGCGGGGGUGGAUGUGCUGCCGGUGGUGAGUGAGAAUUAUUCGAGGGUGUUGGAUGUGAAAGGACUCAAGUUCAAUGGUGGAGAAAUACGGGUGAAAGUGUUGCCGCCAGUUUCCACUAAAGGGAAGACAGCGGAGGACGUGACGGAGAUGUGUGAGAAGGUGAGGGGGGACAUGUUGGCUGCGAUGUUGGAAAUGGCGAAGGAUGGUGAGAGUCGGUCAUUAGCGGGGCCAAGAGGGAAGGAGAAGGCCCAUGUCCAGUGA